AUGGCCGACCUCGAGUAUCCUCCGCGCGUGUCGGAGGAACGCGGUCUGUCGCUGGUCUCGCAGAUUCUGGAUUGGCAGAUCAACCAUGGCUCUCUGCUCAAGCGCAUCGAUUCGCAAAGUGACCACAGCGUCCUGACUUACCCCCUUGGUGUCGCCGUCUUCCCCACCCUCUUUCCCCGUCGUCUGUUCGACCAUGCCUUGCAUCUACAAUCCAUCUACAAUGAACUCUACUGUCGCAUGGCUGAAGAUGAGGCGUGGAUAUUCCAGGCCAUUCGUGACCUGCUCCCCGUCGAUGCCUUCGCCGCCACUUUAUGGGGUAUCCAUGAACAGGUGAAGAAGGCUGGGCCUCGGGGGACCUCGCUCUCGGCAGGAAUCUUUCGCUCCGAUUACAUGCUGCAGGGCCCGAAUGUUGAGCUUCGCCCUGGAUGUGGUGGGAAUGCUGAUUUAUGUCUCAAACAAGUUGAGUUCAAUACCUUCUCUUGUGCCGGGGCCGCCCAUGCAAACAAGGUCGCGGACAUGCAUCGAUAUCUAGCCCGGACAGGCGCCUACAACGUUGAGAACGAAAGCCCGAACCCGAUCACGCUGUCCGCCCUUCCCCGGAACACCAAUAUUGAGUCUCUGUCGGCGUGUCUGUCGGCCGCCCAUGCUGCUUAUGGACCGAAAAGAACCCGCAGGGCGACCCAGACUGCAGUUCUGUUUGUCGUGCAACCUGACAACUUCAACAUUGCCGACGAGCGACCGAUUGAAUAUGCACUGGGGAACCGAGAUCCCUCCAUCCCGGUCUAUCGAGUGGACUAUGGCGACGACCUUCUCGACCGUACCUCCCUGACCGAAUCGCGCGAACUCCUUUUCUAUCCUGUCGACCGAGAACAACCCCUCGAGAUUUCGGUGGUCUACAUGCGGGCUGGAUAUGAGGUACAUGAGUAUGAUGAAACCGGCCGACAAGCGCGCUUGCGCCUGGAGUUGUCCAUGGCUGUCAAAUGCCCCUCGCUUCUGGGACAUAUUUGCACCUUCAAGAAAGUCCAGCAAGCACUUACCACCCCGGAGGCGCUAGAGCACUUUCUCCCCCAAGAAAAGGCGGCUAUGAUACGGUCGACGUUCGUCCGGGUCUAUCCGUUGGAUGAAACAGAAGCCGGUUUACACGGUCGGAGCCUCGCUACCGACCCCCAAGUCGCCCGCGAUUAUAUUCUGAAGCCAUCCCUGGAAGGCGGAGGCCACAAUGUGUAUGGCGAUGCUAUCCCUGCGUUCCUGUCUUCAAUCCCUCGCUCUACGUGGUGUGCGUACAUUUUGAUGGAACGGAUUGCAUCACCCGGCGCGCAAAAUGCCCUGAUGUCGCCGUCGGGCCUCGACAUGGGCGACGUGAUUUCUGAACUUGGUGUCUUUGGGACCUGUCUGUGGCAGAAAGCCCCGGAUAGUGGCUCCUGCGAUAUCCUCCAGAAUACAGUCGCGGGAUGGUCGUUUAAAACGAAAUAUGAUGACGUUGACGAGAUGAGCGUCGUGAAGGGUUAUGGGUGUUUCGACACUCCCCUGCUCACUGAGCAUGACCACGGGCAACUUUAGCGAUCGGCGUAAACAACCGGCCGUCGUCACCCUCGUUAUUCGGUACUUCGGACAUGUUCCUGGCCGAUUUUCCUUGGGACGUCGCUCUGCGCCACAGAUUUGACGUCAUGGUUGGC